UGAAAGAAUUGAUCCAUAGAAUGGCAGAAGAGGAUUUAGAUCUUGAAACACUAACAUCAUUGCUAGAAGAUGAUUCUGAUGAAGAAGAAAUCCAACAGAAGACAAAUAAAGAUAACCAACCUGACAAAGCUCAAGAUUCUGAUGAUGACUAUGACAUAACAUCAAUAGCAGCCUUUCUGGAAGAUUCAGAAAGUGAUGAAGAUAUCCCAAAAAGUGGAGAACCUGGCACAGAAUGUGAUGAGACUGAGUCAGCUGAGGACAUGGGAGAGGACACAGAGGAAAGGCAAACAACAAUACAAGAGAACACAGGAGUCAAUCCUACAUCUCCUGUACAAUCUGCUGACACUAUUAAUGCCUUACAGAGUCAGAUAUUAAUGAUGCAGAAACAGAUGGAACAGAUGCAGAAUAUGUUAUUGCUGCAAAAGUCCCAGAGUAGCCAAGGGGGAACAACUCCAAACUCCAAAAUGGCACAUCAUCAGCCCAAGUCUAAGUCAAGUCCUACAAAUGAUUUAACAAAAAAGACAACUCAUUCAUCUCAUGCAGAAGGAAAACCUAAAUCUAAAGAAUCCAAAUCAAGUUCUGAAAAUAAACCUAAGAGAUCUCCAAUGUCUCUCCCAAACAAAGCACUUGGUUCAAAAGAUUUCAGAUCUCUCCAGUCACCACAGCAUAAAGUUAAUAAGAAAUCUUCAACAUCAGAUGUCAUCCAUAAAGCCAAGCAAACCUCAAAGCAAGCAGAAUCCUCAGAGAAGGAACACAACCUGUUCUUUGACGAGUCUGAGGAAGCUCCAGUCCAGAUCAAGGGAAAAACUUCAUCCAAUGAGAGUAAGGUGUCAGAGACACACACUCGGAAAGAGCAGGAAAAAUCACUUUUUGGAGAAGACAGUGACAGUGACUGGGAAGGACUGGAUGGAGAAGAAAAAAGUAGAUUAAGUGCUGAAGGAAAUGAGCUGAGAAAACUUCUGCAUCAUGGUGAGAAAAGUCGGGUGUCAAAUGCUACCAAACAGGAUGUCGAGGAACUAAGAAAGAAAGCAGCAAAAACUUCAUGGAAGGACCUCAGCCACCAACAGUCUCCAGUUCAAAGUAAGCUAGGAACAUCAAAUAAAGGGACCUGUAAAGAGAAUGACCAGCCUUCUGUUACUGACCCUUUCUCUGGUAUACGUAUUAUAAAUCCUAAAGUGUCAUCUAUAGAUAUGAAAUACAAAAUGGCUGACCGUACAUUGGUGAAAGUGUCACGUAUAGCUAGUCAAAUUGGCACUAGUAAACUACAGGGAAACUGGGUAACCAUAGCAGUAGUGGUCAGUAAGACUGAGCCACGCACAUCAGCUGCGGGUAAGACAUACUGUAUUUGGAAGCUGAGUGACCUAGAAGACUGUGAUAAGACUGUCAGUUUCUUCCUGUUUGGUGAGGUGUACAAGCAGCACUGGAAAAACUGUGUAGGAACAGUAGCGGGCAUCCUUAAUCCAAACAUAAUGGACAAAGCAGAGAAGGUUCAGCAGGAUGUGGCGUUUACUGUGAAUCACCCCCAACAGCUGCUGGUGAUGGGCCUUUCUAAAGACCUUGGGCGCUGUACAGGGGUCAGCAAAGCUGGCAAACCUUGUACUAAGUUUACUAACAAACAGCAUGGUGACAGGUGUACAUACCAUGUACAGUCUGCCUAUAAGAAAACUUCAUCAUACCGCACUGAGCUUCAAGGCAGUAUCACAGGUGUGACACCGAAAGCUCAUGCGUCGGGGCAGAACAAGAAAAAGUCGAGUUCCUUUUUCUUUUAUCAAGGAGAAACAUUCACAGAUCUGAGGCCUCCAGCCAAUAAAAAGGACAAGGUAACACUGGGUAAACUGUCCGAGAAACAGGCUCUACAAGAUAAAGGGAAGGUGACCACUAUGUCACUCCACAAACUGGAGCCAGGGGAUCAGAAACUCCUCAAGGAUCUCAAGGACAAAAAAAAUGAAUUUAUGGACAUGCUUACCACACCCACAGUUGGGUCCUUGAACUUUGUAAAACACUUAGUAAAAGAGGAGAAGUUUGAAAAAGAUACUGGGAAAAAAGGGGUGGUUCAGUCCAUCACUCCCAAGGAACUGCUGAAACAGCACAGGUUAGCCACACAGGAAAGGAAGCGACAACUGGUCCAGAGGCACUCCCUCAACCCCCUAGAAUCUGUUCCCACUCUGGGCAAGGGCUUCUCUCCAGGUAGUGAAAUAUCACUAGAAGUUCAAUUUCCUCGAGGAAAACCUGUUGGAGUCACCAUGGACUUUGCAAAGAAAAAGGCAAUAGCCAAAAUCCAGAUGAGUGGCGGAAUUAGCAAAGAAGACCCGAAUGCAGUCAGAAACAAAAACCGUUCUCCUGAAUCCAAUGUUAAAGUCAAGAAAAGGGUUGCUGAAAAUAUGGAUACUGAUGUCCUAUCGAAAGAAGAUAGAUCUGUACAGGAGCCACCUAAGAAACGUUCCAAGCUUCUCGGGAAUAUAGAUGUCAACUCAGAGGAAUUCAAACAAUUGAUGAAAGUGCGUUCCAAGCACAAAGGGGCGUUGGCUGAGGUGGAAGCAGAACAUGAAGAGAGGUACUUUAUGGCAAUGGAGAAAAAGGAAAAAUAUGAAGAUAAGAUGUCUUCAAUUAUGGAAAUGAAAUGCAAAGUAUUUACCUGUGUUCAGUGUAAUUAUACUGCAUUUAAACCAGCUGACUCAUGCAAACAAAAUGGACACUCAGUCAAAACAGUUGAAGCAACAAAGCGAUUCUUCAAGUGUAAAAAGUGUAGCAACCGAGCCAUUUCUAUUCAUAAAUAUCCAACAGAACCUUGUCGGAAUUGCGGCAUGCAAAGCUUUGAGAGGACAUCAAUGUAUCAGGAAAAGAAAAUGAAAACACCUUCAGAGGAACUUUGUAUACGAGGCGAUGAGAUAAAAUACUUAGGAUCUCUCCAGGAAAAAUCCUUCCUUAACAUAUAG